AUGCCUCGCCGCGUGCCCAAGUCCGAGCUGCCGAACGGGAAGCCGCUGCCGGAGGAGCGAGGGGACGGGGGCGUGGAGGAGUUCCUGCGCCAGGAGGAGGAGUACCGCAAGCAGUUCGAGCCCGUGGCGCCGUGGAAGCGCGACAACAUCCCGGACUACGGCCCGCUGCAGGACAAGCACCACGUGCUCAUCUUCGGCGUCGUGGGCGUGGCCUGCACCGUGCUCUACGAGGCCACGGACUACUUCGACCAGAUCCACCGGUGGGUGGCCUACGUCGCCAUUUGGUUCCCGCUCUGGUUCCGCCUGCUGAGCCGCGUGUCGCCCGCGCUCACGGACGAGGAGAUGGACGCGCGCGAGCGGCGCGCCUUCGAGCAGGAGCUGCAGCGGAUCGUGGACGAGAAGGAGCAGGUCGACGACUGA